AUGUCGGACGAAAUUAUCUGGCAGGUCAUCGACAAGCAGUUUUGUAGCUUUAAGCUAAAAACUACGAAAGAGAAGACUUUCUGUCGAAAUGAAUAUAACGUGACGGGUCUUUGCAACAGACAGUCCUGCCCUCUCGCCAACUCUCGUUAUGCCACUGUCCGAGCGCACCCGACUAAGGGCACCUUAUAUUUAUAUAUGAAGACUAUCGAACGAGCUCACUUGCCAUCGAAACUAUGGCAAAGAGUUAAGCUGUCACAGAAUUAUGCCACCGCCCUAAAGCAGAUCGACGAACAACUAAUCUACUGGCCCAAGUUCUUGGUCCACAAAGCAAAACAGCGAGUCACUAGGCUUACACAGGUGGCGAUACGGAUGAGAAGACUUGCUAAGGAAGAGGCACGCUUGGGCGAAAAGGUUGUGCCUAAGAUGGCACCCAAGAUCAGGCGACGAGAAGAGACAAGAGAACGCAAGGCCGAGGCAGCUGCUAAGCUAGAGCGCACAAUCGAACGGGAGCUUAUGCAGAGGUUGCGCACGGGCGCAUACGGUGACCAGCCGCUCAACGUCAGCGAGACGAUUUGGAAGAAGGUGCUUAAUGCUAUGGAGCGCGAGGGUGAAGGAAAGAGAGAUAAGGAUCUCGACCAAGGUAUAGAGGAGGAGGAGGAGGAAGAGGAGGAGGAAGAAGAAGUUGAGUACGAGGAAGAAGAUGACGAGCCCGAUGGAGCGGUUGAGUACGUCAGCGACUUUGAAGAAAGCGAUGACGACCUAGAAGACAUCGAAGACUGGCUAGGAAGCGACGACUCUGACAAGGAAGAGGAGUCGGGGAGCGAAGAUAGUGAGGAGGAAUCGACUAAGAAGGCUGUGGGUGACAAGAGGAAGAGAGCAAGGGUUAUUCGCUCGAAGCCAAAGAAGGCUGCUCGACGUGGAAAGGAGAUUGAGCACGAGAUUGAGCACGAGCACGAGUUUGAACGGCAUAGGGAGGAACUUGCUUUCUAG